CGGAAGUAGGACGUUUAUUGACAACAUGGCUGCUGAUCUGGCUGGCGCUCUGGCAAAAAUUGGAAUUUGACAGCGUUCAUUCGCACACCAUUUCAAUGUGUUGAGUGUACAUUGCGGAUAAAUUUGAAUGACGGGAGCUGUCAACUCACGGGAUGGUGUCAGCGAGCUGAGGAAACGCUCGGAGUAAACCCGUCAUGUCGUUUUUCAAGCGGAAAGUCAAAAGCAAAGAACCUGAGCGAGUGACCGACACAAAAGUCAACAGAGGUCUCGUCAGCCCUCACUCUCCAUCGCUGCCACUGAAGAACAACCAUGCUAUACAGGAAACUGCGGGGCCCAGCCAUGUGGCCAUCAACGCCAUCUCUGCCAACAUGGACUCCUUCGCCCGUGGUCGUACGGCCAUCCUCAAGAAGCAGCCCAGCCGCAUGGAAGCUGCGCACUUUGGUGAUCUCGGUCAUUCCAGCGUGAACUAUCAGCCGCAGGAGACCCGCUCUCGGCUCUCCAAGACGGUGGACCAGGUGCUCCGGGACAAUGUGGCCAUCCCCCAUUACAUGCGUUUUAUGGAGCGUCAGGGUGCCGACCACUUGGUUCGCUUCUGGCUGGAGGCUGAGAACUUCCGCGCCACCAGCUGGUCAUGGGUCCGAGCGCACAGCCUCAACUCGGUCAAACACAGCUCCUUGGCCGAACCCGUCAGCGACUCCGUCGAGGUGCCGGAGCUCCCCAAGCACAAUUCCGUUGCCCUGGGCUGGAACAGCGCAGGAGACGCGGCGCAGGCGCAGCUUGAGCAGCGAGAACCCUCCAGCGCAGGCGCAGGCAUGCCGCCCGGAAGCCCUCGAGCCGGAACUCCUAGCAGGCGGGCUCCAUCCAGGACGGGGACUCCUUCCAAAAUGCAGUCCAACAUCAGCUUGCGAGAUCUCUCAGACAAGCUCAUGAGAAAUAUCGAAAAAGACGCAGUUAACAUCUUCACCAAGUACGUCUCCCCGGAUGCCGCCAGGCCCAUCCCAAUCACGGAACAGAUCCGAAACGAUAUAGUUGCUAAGAUUUGCGGCGAGGAUGGCAUGGUUGACCCAAAUUGCUUCGUCAUUGCACAGUCGGUCAUCUUCACCAUCUUAGAGCAACAGUACUUUAUUGAAUUCCUACGGAGUCAUCAUUUUUGUAAAUACCAGAUUGAAGUGUUGACAAGUGGCUCUGUGUUUCUGGCUGACAUCUUGUUCUGCGAGUCAGCUCUCUUUUACUUCUCUGAGUACAUGGAAAAGGAGGAGGCGAUGAACGUACUGCAGUUCUGGCUGGCGGCCGACAACUUCCAAGACCAGCUCGCAGCUAAGAAGGGCCAGUAUGAUGGCCAAGAGGCCCAAAACGACGCCAUGAUUCUUUACGACAAGUAUUUCUCACUCCAAGCUACCAACCCUCUGGGAUUUGGCGACACGGUCCGCAUGGAGAUCGAGUCCAACAUCUGCCGGGAGGGGGGGCCUCUUCCGGAAUGCUUUACCACUCCACUUAGACAAGCCUGGACCACCAUGGAGAGGGUGUACAUGCCAGGCUUUCUGUCGAGUAACCUUUACUACAAAUAUCUGAGUGACCUCCUCAAUUCGGUGCGGGCCGACGAGUUUGUGAAUGUCAACACUCCGGGUCAGGGCGGACCGGCGGACAACGAGCGCUCGAGUUCAAGUGCCGGCGAGGCCUCUCUGAUGCAGUCUGGUGUCAAAAAGGCAGCGAUAAAGAUCUUGAAAAACUUCGAUGAGGCCAUCACGGUGGACGUCGCCAGUCUUGACCCCGAAUCUUUGUACCAGAGGCCAUAUGCUGGAAAGAUGACAUUUGGGAGAGUGAAUGAGUUGGGCCAAUUUAUCAGGGAGGCAGAACCCGAACCAGACGUGAAGAAAUCCAAAGGCUUCAUGUUUUCUCAAGCAAUGAAGAAAUGGGUCCAAGGCAACUCAAAUGAGGCUCAGGAGGAAAUGGCCUGGCAGAUUGCUAAAAUGAUUGUCAACGAUGUUGUUCAGUCAAACCACGACAGUCCUGGAAAGUCCACCAAGUUAUGACCCUGACAAGACUGUCCCCUUGCAAAUGCUGGCUAGCGAUACAAACACGGCUUACCCUGCAACAAAGUAAAAGUACCUCAUUAUUCCAACUCCAAAACACUAUGAAGGUGCGCAGCGGUCAGUGGAAGUGCAGCCAAGCUCUUGCAUCACAUGACGGGGAAUCUUUCCAAUUCAGUCUGGUUCUUAAAGCACUUCUUGCACAAAGACGAAGCAUGUCCGUCAAGAUUACAACCAAACUGUUGCAGACUCUCGUUGUGUUGUCUCAUCUCGGACCUCUGGAGGAUGUCAGUAGACUGAAUUACGUUUCCUCAAGACAACUCCCCAUUGCCUCUUCUUUUUAAUGAUCAUUCCUUGUUUUUAGAAGACCGCUUUUCUUUAAGAUAGCUAAAUAACAGUUAAUUAUGCACCCCUUUCCCCUACUUAAACUUGCCUGACCAAUGAUGAAUUACAUCAAUUUUAUUUAUAGAGGCUCUGCAAAUGACAAUGAGAUAGAGGAAAUACCUCUUGGCACCUUUUGAGAGUGUAGGACAAAAAAACAACAACUCCAAAAUGAAUACAAAUGCUCCAGUUGUGAUGGAAAAUUCCAUGUUCUAAAUGGUAUAUAUAGCUAUAUAUGUAUAUUGUAGACUGGUUUCUCCCAUAUAUAAACGUCAGUACUUUUUUGUCUCAUGGUGGCCGCCGUUUUCUUUUCUGUAUGCAUCUCAGAAACAACUGUGCUCAAUGAAUUAAGCUGUUUUUUUGGUUUUCUUUUGAGCCUUACUGGGGUGUAGAAAGGAAUUUUGGUACUAUGUACCACUAAUGUUUUCUGAUAUGUAUGUGCACCUAAUCGAAGUCUAUUUAAAUUGUGUUUGAUUUAAAUACAUACACUCAAAGAUUU